CCUUAGUUCAGGUGAUACAUUGAUGCGUAUUACUUUCUGUAAAUGUGACCCCGCGGAUGAAUAUAUACGCCUAUUCACAUGGUGCCGGGAAUGGCGGCCGCUGAUUGGUCAGACUUCCAUCGCGCCAGAGUCAGCUCAUCUUCUAGUUGACCUGUAGACUAAAAAUGUGGAAAAAAUGAAAAGUGGGUCAGCUGAUCAUCUCUACGUGACCACAGGCACAUCGGUACUGACUAGACAAAGCAGGACAUGGGAGACAGCGCGAGGAGGCGUGGCGGUCCUUACAAGACCGACCCGGCCACGGACCUGAGCCGGUGGCGGCUGAGUAACGUGGGAGGCCGGCAGACGUGGCGGUACUUCGGCGAGGGAGAGACGCCUGAACGCGAGCAGAACAUGGUGGAGAGACACUCUCUAGGACUGGACACGAGUACCUGCGCACCGCCUCUGCCUAAAGCCCGAACGGCCAGAGAGGCGGUGAGAAACGGGAUGAAGUUCUACUCCCUCCUGCAGACGGAGGACGGCCACUGGGCAGGCGACUACGGAGGGCCGCUCUUCCUCAUGCCUGGUUUAGUGAUCGUGUGUCACGUGACGAAGGCCCGCCUAUCAGAGCCACAGAGACAGGAGAUGAUCCGGUACCUCCGGUCUGUACAGCUACCGGACGGUGGAUGGGGCCUACACAUCGAAGACCAUUCCACUGUAUUCGGCACUGCGCUGAACUACGUCACGCUAAGGCUGCUGGGAGUUCCUGCAGACGAUAAAGACGCCGUGCGGGCUCGCAACUGCCUCCACGCUAAAGGUGGCGCUGUCGGCAUCCCAUCCUGGGGGAAGUUCUGGCUCGCAGUUCUGGGUGUCUACAGCUGGGACGGCCUGAACUCUCUCUUUCCUGAAAUGUGGCUGUUGCCCACCUGGACGCCUGCCCACCCGUCCACGUUAUGGUGCCACUGUAGACAGGUCUACCUCCCCAUGAGUUACUGCUACGCCGUGCAGCUCACCGCUGAAGUGGACCCUCUGAUCAGAGAACUCAGAAAAGAGUUGUACCUCGAGGACUAUGAGAGAAUCAACUGGCCGGCACAGAGGAACAACGUGGCUGCUUGUGAUGUGUACACUCCUCACAGCUGGCUCCUCAACCUGGCUUACGUUGGGAUUAACCUGUACGAGUCGUGGCACAGCUCCAGUCUGAGGCAGUGGGCGAUAGACGAGCUGUAUGAUCACAUCAAGGCCGACGACAGCUUCACCAAAUGCAUCAGUAUCGGGCCGAUCUCCAAGGUGAUCCAGAUGCUGGUCCGUUGGCACGCCGACGGUCCCACCUCCCCUGCCUUCCGGGAGCACGCGUCCAGGGUCGCCGACUAUCUCUGGUUGGGUCUGGAUGGCAUGAAGAUGCAGGGUACGAACGGUUCCCAGCUGUGGGACACGGCCUUCGUGGUGCAGGCCUUCCUCGAAGCCGAAGCAGAAAAGGAAAAAGAGUUCACUUCGUGUCUCCAUCGGGCUCACGACUUCCUUAGGUUCACACAGAUUCCUGACAAUCCACCCGACUAUGAGACAUACUACAGGCAAAUGAACAAGGGCGGUUUCCCAUUCAGUACGCGUGACUGCGGGUGGAUCGUGACGGACUGCACGGCGGAAGGUCUGAAGUCCAUGAUGAUGUUACAGGAGCGGUGUCAGGGCUUACAGGACCCCGCACCCGACCAGAGGAUCUUUGACGCCGUCGACGUGUUACUGAACAUGAGAAACAGUGAUGGCGGCUUCGCUACCUACGAGACCAAAAGGGGCGGGAAGUUGCUGGAACUACUUAAUCCGUCAGAAGUCUUUGGUGACAUCAUGAUAGACUACACGUACGUUGAGUGCACGUCUGCCGUCAUGCAGGCGCUCAAACACUUCCAGGACCAGUACCCUAACCACAGGGCAGAGGAGAUCAGAGAUACACUUAGGAAAGGCCUGGACUACGUCAUUGGUUUGCAGCGGAGCGAUGGAUCAUGGGAAGGCUCCUGGGGCGUGUGCUUUACGUACGGGACGUGGUUCGGGUUAGAGGCAAUGGCGUGUAUGGGACACAGAUACGACUUAGGUACCGCUACCGAGGCCGUGACUCGUGCCUGUAACUUCCUGACGUCCCACCGGAUGAAGGCGGAGGCAGGCGGGGGGUGGGGGGAGAACUUCGAGUCGUGCGAGGAGCGGAAAUACGUGCAGAGCGACUCUGCACAGGUGGUCAACACCUGCUGGGCACUGCUGGGGCUCAUGGCGGUCAGGUACCCAGACCUUAGCGUGAUGGAACCGGCAGUUAAAUUCCUUAUGGAUAGACAAAUGGAAAAUGGUGAUUGGCCACAGGAGAAUAUCUGCGGAGUCUUUAACAAGUCCUGUGCCAUCAGCUACACCAGCUAUAGAAACGUCUUCACAAUCUGGGCUCUGGGAAGGUUCUGCCGCCUGUACCCCCACAGUGCUCUGGCAGGGGGCGCUGCCAAGAGUUAGCAGUGACCAAACAACAUCACAACAACAACUACUACUACAAAGAAAACAUUGCAUCAACUUCACUUUGUUAAGGACUCCUGCAUAGUGAUAUUUAUCAAAUUGCUUGUUAGUUUUGUUGAUUCGUUAAACUUGUUGCAAUUGAUAGUUGAUUUCAUAUGGUUAAGGAGAUGGUUUGUCGCCAUAACAAUUAGUCAGUUGAGCCUACUUUUAGAAAGGAAAUGCAGGCAUGACGAUUAGAAAUUUUGUCCCAAACUAUCAUUCUCCCCAACAGCGAAUGUACUCCAAAAAUCAGUCAAUCAAUUUGGCUGAAAUUUGUCAAAUCAAAUAAUAUUUUCUUCUUGUUGUAAGUUUAUAUCAACAUCUGCUAAAAUCUCAUCCCCACACAGGCUCAUUCCUAGUCAACCUAUUUAUAGCAAUUCGGACAAAAGGGUAAACAAAAAGGUAAGAGAUGUGAAACAAUACUGUUUUAAUAUUGUUUAUUGAGAACACUGUAAUAUACAGCAAUAAAUGUUUUAAAAAUUAUUACACGGUUGUUGGUCCUAGCAUGGUAGUUCGCUUAACGGAUAUGUUACGAUCAAAAGUGCCAGGGAGUUUAUAGUAUACUUAUCCU